CAAACACAUAUAGACCCCCUUCCUCCUAUGCCAUUCCCUUUUUCAUUCCCACCAAACACUCACAAUACAAAGCCUUGAAAGAACAGACCAGAUUGUCUUUUCAGCCAUCAACCAUUUCAAUAAACAUCUACAACACAACUCUCACCCAACAACAACUACCCCCUACAAACAACACAACCGCAACCAUGAGCUCCCCUUACACUGUCCAAAUCCACCAGAGCACCAAGGAGCCUUCCAUCUCCAGCUCUUACAGCUACUCUUCUGGUUCGUACAGCUCUUCAACCAGCACAACGCCUCGAUCUCUUUCCCCUGGCGAUUACCGCGAGUACGGUGCUGACAAGCACACUACACAAGUCGCCAGCUCUGGUCGAAACUUGGUCAUCAACCACAACAAAGUCUCGUACGAGAAAGACUCGCCGGCACCAAAAUAUUCUGGCGCAUAUACGAGGAUCUAAACAACACUUGGCCACGGCCAUAUUUUCGAUUUCCUAUGUUUCAUCGAUUUCGAACAGCGACAUGUAACGGAUAUGGGAUAUACAACAUAGACAGGCGUUUUGACAUUUGGAGAUAUGAGGCAAGAUUGAGCGCAGCGUGGCGAUGUAUUAUGGAUUAGAGAGCAUGGGUUGUACAACGAUAACCAAGAUUGAUAGACACUGGGACGGGUUGGAUUGAGCCGAGACUGUUUUUCUUUUCCCUUUCUUUCUGCUUGUAUCAUUCUUUGUACUUUUACUAUUCGAGCGUCGGACACCUUGCGGUCCGCGCUGAACUUUUUAGAAGGGCCAAAUCUCCCGUCUUGACCUCUUACAAGUCGAGAUGGCUGGAUGAGAUGUGAGACAGCCCGCCGGACUGGUCCGAUUAUAGCGACCUAAAUUGAGACCAUGGAAGAAAAUUUCCAACACACCAUUCAGCUGUUUCAGCUCCUUUCUAAUUUCAUCUGUGCUUUUU